UGACGUCACGUCCGUCUCAUCCCUUCCAACAUAAUUUUCAACAUGGCGGCCGCAGAGGUGAAGUCUUACCGAGAGAAACUGGAGAAAUACCUGUACGAAAAGAAUGCCUUCACGGAUCUGCUGGCGACAGCCGAGGCAAAGACUGGAGUGAAGAGGGUGUAUAUUGUUUACGUCCUGAUGUCGAUCCUGUUCCUGUACCUGGCAGUUGGGUACGGGGCUGCCUUCCUGUGCAACCUGAUUGGUUUUGUGUACCCCGCGUACGCCUCGGUGAAGGCCAUCGAGAGUGAACGUAAGGAAGACGACACACAGUGGCUGACCUACUGGGUCGUGUACAGCGUCUUCGGGCUGGCUGAGUUCUGGUUCGACAUCCUGCUCUUCUGGAUCCCUUUCUACUACCUGCUGAAGUGCCUGUUCCUGCUGUACUGCAUGGCCCCUGGCUCCUACAACGGUUCAGAGAUGAUUUAUCAGCGCAUCAUCCGCCCCUUCGUGCUGCGUCACCAGGACAAGGUGGACCGCUUCAUCGACCAGGCCGGCAAGAGGGCAAAGGAGGCGCUAGACACAGCUGAGGGAGCGGCUGGGCAGUUUGCAGCCGAUGCUGUGACGAAAGGCCUGAAGGGCGAGUAAAAAUGGCAGGAUGUCACGCAGUUUUGUCCCUUUGUAAAGAAGCCAUGUGUUACUGUGGUCAUGACCUGUUAGUGUUACCUUUCACUGUUUGUUGUACUUGUAGCAAGUGAUAAUGUCUGCUGAUGAAGAUUUGCAACAUUGAAGAAGUCCCAAAAUGUUACAUGGAUGCCUGUAUCAAUAUGAUGUAAGACAGCUGCAGUCGUUAAUGUGGCAAAUGGUCUCCCAUUUGUUUCUUGUGAAGCCUCUAAACAUCUGUAUAAAUCCUUGCUGAAAAUCUGCUUGUCUGUAUUUGAUACAAGUGCUAUCCCUGUGUCAUUUUGUGUGUGGCUGUUGUGGCAAGUGGUUGAGCCAAACCAGUGCUGUUUCUUGGCCUGUAUAGAAUGUAAGAGGAACUUGAAAACUCUAACUGUAUUGUGGUGGAUAGAUUCAGCAGUUACAUGUAUCAACACGUUUACUAAACCUAUGGCUCUCACAGGUAACACCAAGAAACAAUUAAGUUUGUUGGGAUGGAUUUGGUUCAGUACAACUGUGCACAUGUAGUGAUGCAUACCGGUUCACUGGACUUGGAUCCGGACUUGUAAGAAUGUUUAGGUUCAAGUCCAAAAAAA